AUGCUCAUCCCAGAAAACACGCCAAACCACAAUCAAUCACUGUGUCCACGCCACGACCGGUACGUCCGCCGCUCCUCACCUCGCGUGGCUAAUGUGUCUUCAAUCCCGUCGGCUGAGAUCAGGCUCUUCUGCGACUGGUUCAAGACCCUCGUGACUGUGAAGCGGACGGGUGGUCAGGUUUCCGUCGAACCCUCAAAUCUUCCCGUCAUCUUGAUGAAGGUGCACUCAAGGUUCGAAGCUUUUCAGCAUCGCCAUCGCCUCACAAUCAAGGCGACCAGAUAUUCUCAGAACGAGAAGUCGCUCGAGGCCAUUGCACACGAGGCCCACAAAGGUUUCUGCGAGAUGCGCAAGUCGCUCAAGGGGCUAGUAGGACGCUUCACGAAAGCUGUCCGCGAUUGUUUCCGUGUAGACGUGUCGCAGCAAGCAGGGAUAUAUCAAGGGCAUGCUGACAUCACCGAGAAACCGUUACGCCCGCUGCUGGAUGGUGAAGAGGACGACGUGGUCUCGCGUGCCCGCUAA